AUAGGUCCCGCCUCCGCCUUCGCGUCAUCCCUGCAUCAUUCAGUGUGACACAUUCAAUGAAGUGCCAUUGCUGGCAGUGGCCUGAGGUUAUCCCUUUACAGAUCUUUACCUGAUGUAAAAAUAAUGAGUGUACUGUGGAGAAUGUGUCUGGCCCUGAUGCUCGUCCCAUACUGCAGUUUCUCGACUGAAAACGAGGUCCCACUGCAUACAACUACCUGGCUGAGUGAAGGCAAAAACACACUUGUCCACCUGAGUAGAGGACACACACGACGGUUCCAUUUUAUACUGAGGAAGAAGACGACAGCACUGAUGCUCACAGUUUCUCCCUGUUCAGGACGCAUAGAGUGGAGUCUGACUGCAACCACACUGAAAGACAAACCUGCCAAGGAUCAGUACUGGAGCUUUAAGAAGAGCGAACCUGAAGUGUGGUGGAGAAAAUCAGCAGGUGAGAAGACACUUCACACUUACGCAGGCAACACUGUGGACACCUACCAAGGUCCUGCGCUUCACCUGGUCUCGGUCUAUUCACUGAGGAUAAAAUCAACACAGGAAGAUACACAUGCACAAGUAUAUGUUCAUAAAGGACCUGCAUUGUGGGGGUUGUUUCCAGAGUUGCCUUUUGACUACAGAGUGCACUUGCUCGGAGUGGGGAUGAGCAGUGUAACACUGACCUGGAGCCCAAGUCCAUCUGUCACUGAAGCACCACACACACACACAAAUAAACGGCUGUAUGAGCACUGCGUUACCAUAAAUCGCAAACACAACUACAGGAGCCUUUGCGCUGCCCAAGAGGAGAAAGGAGAGAUGAAAGUCAAGUUGAAGAAAAAGACAAUGGUCAAACUGGACAGAUUUGACAAGCUUGUGUGUGUUUGUAAAGAUGUAGAAAAUGUCUGUACCAUCGCUGACCUUCUCCCAAACACACUGUAUUACUUUGAUGUGUUCGUUAUUGACAGAAUAAAUGGCACCAGUGCAGCAUACACAGGAGCGGUUGCACGCACACAUGCAGAAUCACACGCUUCUGCAGAACUGCGGGUGCACACAGAGCCCUACAGAGAACCAUGGACACAUAGCGUGUCCUCACUGAGAGAGGGCCAGGUACAGUGGCUCACAUUGCGUUCAGGGGCAGAUGAGAAAAGGAGUUUCUCUUUCCGGCCACGUGGAGGACAGAGGAAUGGCCUGCUCACACUGCUGAGUUGCAACAACACACACACACUCUCACACACACUCUAUGUUUCAGUCUCAGCCCGAGGAAAUGAGCUGACAUCACAGAAAGUAGAAGACAAACUUAUCCAAAUUUGGUUGCAGGGGUUCUCAUCCUACCUGAUCCAGCUUCAACUCUCUGCCCGAAACACACAUGCAGCAGAGAAAGAAGAGACUGUGUGUGUAAAAAUGCAGGCAGCGUCUGCAUUCCACCGCCGGGGGGCACCAGCACUCCCACACACCCUCACCAUUAAAAGUUUUAACACAUUGCGCACCUGCACCUCUGUAACCCUUGCAUGGAUGGGAACCGAAGAACGAGGAUUAUACUGCCUCUAUAGACGCAGAGCAGACGAGCAGAGUGAGAGAAGUGGAGAUGGAGUGAUACAGGUUAUACAGAGGAGUGAGCCAGAUAGAGAUGGAGUGAUACACCAUGGACAAAUGAGUGAGAGUGGUGGAGACAGAGUGACACGUGGUGGACGGAGGUGUAAGACAGGACAAACCAGAGUGGUAUGGCAUGGACUAAAGGGUGAGACGGGUGGAGAAAGAAAGGUAUCUUGUGAAAAAAAGAGCGAGACAGGUAAAAACCGAGUGAUGCCCCAUGAACAAAAGAGUGAUACAGACCCUUGCUUAGCACCAGAGUCCCGCCCUCCUGAUCAACGUGUGCUCUGUAAAUACUUCCAGGAACUUGACGCACGACGUGCUGUUACUACGGAAACAGUGGGAGGGCUGGAGGCAGGGACACUAUAUACUUUUGAUGUUUAUCUGAUGAGACGAUGGGCAAUUCCGCUUAAAUACAACAGUAAGACAGUGCGAACCAGGAGAGACUGCUGAGAAACAUUCACACAGAAGACACACUGGGUACUCAGCUGUUGUUGCUGUUGUAAUGAUGUGGUUAAUAGGAGUUUAAACAG